AUGGUCCGUCAGAACGACUCCAUCUGCCAGCACCCAUCUCAACAUCUACCCAUACAGAUCGAGUGCGGGUCUGCACAAUGCAAAUUCAGCCGCUAUCACCCUCCCGGAUGCAUGGCCCCGAUGUGUACGCGGACGUGCUUUCAGUACCGAACGUACCCAGAAAGCUACAGUACGUUCCUUAUUUUCAUUCUCUCAGACCACAAUCGGCUGCAGCUGAUCUAUACUUUCUAUAUAGCAAGGAAUUUGGACGGCGUCUGCCACUCAUGCGCUGCCCAGCGUCGGUGA